AUGGCUCCUCUGCCGCGAAGUUCUCAAAAAGGGCUAAGGCAGCCGAACAGCUCCCACCUGUCGCCUGUCAAAACGGCAGCGAUGACUGUAGCGAGCUUGAUCCGGCUAGUGGGCGUCAUGAUGGCAGGCGUGGCAUCUGCCACGGACUACCCUGCCACCUGGGCUCUUGCAAAUCACGGCACGGUUCCAGCCGCUACCGUCUAUGCCAUGACCAGCGCCUCCAAUGAUGCCCAACUUCCUGGCACAAUGAGUUCCGGCGAUGUCAACGGUGAUGGCGCUAACGACUUCGCCUAUGAGUUCCCUGCUGGCACUUUCAACGUGCACUUCGGAGGCAUCUCUGCAGACUUGGAUCUCGACAGCAUCACCUACGACGGCUCGAAUGGCUUCAGCAUUGUCACUGGCAACAGCGGCAAUAUUUGGGGGACCAUCGCCGGCGACGUCAACCAGGACGGCUUCAACGACGUGUUGUUCUUCCACAAGGCCUCGGCUUCCGUCAAGAUCGUCUUCGGCAAGGCUAGCGGCUGGAGCGCUUCCUACACCGUUGCAAGCAUGACGUGGGAUGGCACGGACGGCCGUGAGUUGACCUACUCAGCCGAUAGCAAGUUCGCAGAUAAUUCCUUCGGAGGUAGCACGCCGCAGAUCCUCAGCGGAUUUGACCUCAACAACGAUGGCAUUGACGACAUCGCCGUCGUUUCGGAAGGCAGCAGCAACAGCGGCCGAGUAAGCAUUUUCUUCGGCAAAAGCACAUGGUCCGCAUCGGUGGACGGCUCCACCGACUUUGAUGGCACCAGUACCGGCUUCUCGUUUAUGGAUGCUACAAAUGCCAGGUUGGGACGUGGCCUGAGCGUGGGAGACAUUAACGGAGAUGGCAUCGACGAUGUCGUGGCCUCCAGCAGAAGCGAUCAACCGUUCAGCGGGACUGGCUGUCUCUAUGUGCUCUAUGGAGGGGGUACGUACUCGGCCUCCAUUGCGGACAUUUAUGCUCAUGUCGAUGGGACCACUGGCUUCCGGCUGUGCGGUGCAGAAUCAAACACCUACAUCGCGGACUACUUCUUGGCCACGACAGACUUCAACGGCGACGGCAUCUCCGACCUGCUCUUUGCAGGGCGAGGCAACCAAGCGGGAAUGUACGUUCUCUUCGGCAAGGCAUCCUUCGCCGCGAGCCUGACUCUGCCGUUUGCAAGCGGCGAGGGAGUCUCCCUCACGGGCUUUUCGGGCCAGCCGGCGUUGCUGAAAGUAGCCAACCUGGGCAAGUUCAACAACGACCAGUACGAGGACAUCGCGUUUGGGGACGGCAGCAGCCUGCACGUCGUGUUCGGCAGUGCCAGUCCGGGUGACACCAUUGACGUCACGGCGCUGAGCGGCAGCGACGGCUUCAAGGUAACAGACAGUGGCGGCGGCAGCUUCAUUUUGCCCUUCUACAGCCCGAUCGACAUGACCGGAGACGGAUCGACGGAUGUCGCGCUGUUCAUCUCAACCUUGUUGAUGCCGUCCUUCGACACAAAGAAUUCUCCGUAUGCCAUUGUGGGCAACGGACCUGCAGGAGGCUCCAGCAACAAUGCCGCCACGUCAACAACCUCCAGCAGCCUCUCCACUUCAGCAACCACAAUCAGCUCGACAGAGACUUCAUCUUCCACAUUUACACGAACAUCAAGCAGCUCCUCCACCUCAGGCAGCAUGACGUUCUCUUCCACAUCUUUACCUGCGACGUCGUCCUCUUCUACGUUGACACGGACAUCAAGCAGCUCCUCCACCUCAAGGAGUAUGACGUUCUCUACCACAUCUGUAUCAGUGACUUCUUCUACAUUGACACGGACGUCAAGCAGCUCCUCCACCUCAAGGAGCCCGACCUCAGAAACCACGACAUCCUAUUCUGCACCGGCAGCCGAUGGCAACAGUAGUUUCGAGACAGGCGAUGAAGCAACAACCACCGCCGAAGUCGCAUCAGGGGAGCAACAGACCGAUAGCUUGGACGACGAAGACGACGACGACGGAGUGAACGGAUGGGUGGUCUUGUUGAUCGUGAUGGCGGUGCUGAUCAUGAUCGGGUGUGGGGUGGUCGUGUCAUGCUGGAUAGUGAGGCACCGCAACAAGCAGGCGCAGGUCGCACAGCAGCCAGAAACCACUUCCGCAGUAGAAGCGGCCUCGCUUUCGAGCACCAGGUGCCAAGUGGGUACGGCAUGGUGA